AUGAGAUUUUUAUUACUUCUAAGUUUUGUUCUAUUAGUGACUUUAUCGUCAUGUUUUGCUGGUGAUUUGAUACUCGGUACAAGCUACAAUGGAAGGCUGGUGUGGCAACAGAAAGCUGAAUAUAUGGCUAUACCGUUUAAGAAGAGGGUAAAAGAAAUCUUCUAUUCCGAUCCGGGACAACAAAUAAUAAAAGGAAUAAUAGCAAGAGACCUGGACCACUCCGAAGCUUUGGCCACCGUUACGGCGGGAGGAGUAGGAUCUUCAUUUGCUAACAUACGACUCAAGAGCGCCCGCGGUAGUAGCUUAAAUUAUCAAAUUGAAUUAUAUGUUUAA